GAGCGCCGCCUCCGCCCGGGGAGCGCGGGGGAGCGGGCAGGCGGGCGGGGAUGAUGCGCGGGGGGACAGCGCGCUAGGGGCAGGAGGCGGGUGGUCGCCCGGAGACUCCGCACCUCGGAGUGACGUCCUGCUGCAGUGCCGCUGCCUGCGCUGCCCGAGCUCGUCAAUGGAGCUGGAAAACAUCGUUGCCAACACCGUUUUGCUGAAAGCCAGGGAAGGGGGUGGAGGGAAACGCAAAGGCAAAAGCAAAAAGUGGAAGGAAAUCCUGAAAUUCCCUCACAUUAGCCAGUGUGAAGAUCUCAGAAGAACAAUAGAGAGAGAUUACUGCAGCCUGUGUGAAAAGCAGCCCAUUGGAAGGCUCCUCUUUCGGCAGUUCUGUGAAACUCGGCCCGAGCUCGAGUGCUGCAUUCGCUUCCUUGACUCGGUGGCAGAAUAUGAAAUUGCUCCAGAUGAAAAGCUGGGAGAGAAAGGAAAGGAAAUCAUGAUGAAAUACCUCACCCCAGAGUCUCCAGCCUAUGUUCCCGAAGUCAGUCAAGAACUUAUCCAGCAGACAGAGGAGAAGCUGGAAAACAGCCCCAGCAAAGAGCUGUUCUCUCCCUGUACAAAAUCUGUCCUUGACCAUCUCAGUGGGGAACCAUUCCAAGAGUACCUGAACAGCAUGUACUUCGACAGGUUUCUCCAGUGGAAGUGGUUGGAAAGGCAACCAGUAACAAAAAACACGUUUAGGCAGUACAGGGUACUGGGGAAAGGCGGCUUUGGGGAGGUCUGCGCCUGCCAAGUGCGAGCCACGGGCAAGAUGUACGCCUGCAAGAGAUUAGAGAAGAAGAGGAUCAAGAAGAGGAAAGGCGAAUCCAUGGCACUCAAUGAGAAGCAGAUUUUAGAAAAAGUCAAUAGUCAGUUUGUAGUCAACUUAGCCUAUGCCUAUGAAACAAAGGACGCACUGUGUUUAGUUCUGACCAUAAUGAAUGGAGGUGACCUGAAGUUUCAUAUCUACAACAUGGGAAACCCAGGCUUUGAGGAGGAAAGAGCUUUGUUUUAUGCAGCAGAGAUUCUUUGUGGCUUGGAAGACCUUCACAGAGAAAAUACUGUGUACAGAGAUCUGAAGCCAGAAAAUAUCCUGCUGGAUGAUUAUGGCCAUAUUAGAAUAUCUGAUUUGGGUCUAGCUGUUAAAAUCCCUGAGGGUGAAUCAAUCCGUGGAAGAGUAGGAACAGUAGGGUAUAUGGCUCCAGAGGUGCUGAACAACCAGAGAUACACACUCAGCCCUGACUACUGGGGGUUAGGCUGUCUCAUUUAUGAAAUGAUUGCUGGGCAAUCGCCGUUCCGUGGGAGGAAAGAGAAGGUGAAGAGGGAAGAAGUGGACAGAAGAGUGCUGGAGACAGAGGAGGUGUACUCCCAUAAGUUCUCUGAGGAGGCCAAGUCCAUCUGUAAAAUGCUCCUCACCAAAGACGUGAAGCAGCGGCUGGGAUGUCAAGGGGAAGGGGCAGCAGAAGUGAAGAGACACCCCUUUUUCAAGAGCAUGAAUUUCAAGAGGUUAGAAGCAGGAAUGCUGGAUCCUCCCUUCGUGCCUGAUCCCAGAGCAGUGUACUGCAAGGAUGUGUUAGACAUUGAGCAGUUCUCCACAGUGAAAGGAGUGAACCUGGACCAAACAGAUGACGAUUUCUAUUCCAAGUUUUCCACAGGAUCAGUGUCUAUUCCAUGGCAAAAUGAGAUGAUAGAAACAGAGUGCUUCAAGGAGCUGAAUGUAUUUGGACCAAAUGGUACUAUUUCACCAGACCUAAACAAAAGCUACCCCCCAGAGCCACCCAAGAAAGGAUUGCUACAGAGAAUAUUUAAGCGACAGCAUCAGAACAAUUCAAAGAGUUCUCCAAAUUCAAAGGCCAGUUUAAAUCAUCACAUAAAUUCAAAUCACGUAAGUUCAAACUCCACUGGAAGCAGCUAGUUCCAACUCAGUCCCAUGAAACAACAUGUUGCAUCCUUCCACUAUAAUCUCUGGAGCUUCUGUGGAUGAGAGAGCCUCCACCGUUGAGUGAAAAGAAAGAAAAUCUGGAUCUCCCAAAAUGGAGAUUUUCUAUCCAUUCCUUCCAGUGGAGCCUCACAUUUUAAGAAGAAAUUUCCACUCAGGUCUGUUUUUGGAGGUGGCACUCAAGACUGUGUGAAUCAAAUUUGUCUCUUUAGAACAUUGCAAUAGAAAUUCAAUGAACAUGACUACUUGCACGUAUUUAAAUAGCAUCAUACUAGAACUGAAUUUUGUCUUUAUUAUUUUUAAAGAAAAGUUUUGUAAAUUUCUCUAUUGUCUCAGUUUACAUUUUGUACAUUUGUAUUUAAAUGAAAGUCAGACUUUGGAGGUGUAUAUUUUCCAAGCAGCAGCUGUAAAGCCAUGUGUUUUAAGACAUUUUUUUAAAAGAAACAAAAUGUGACUCAAGACUUCCAGAGCCUCAAAUGAGAAAUCAUUCUUUUUAGCAAUUCUAGAAAAUUCUUCAUAAAUCACUUUAUCAGAUGGGGGUUUAUUGACAUGCAUUUUUAUGGAACAGUUUAUUCUUAAUUAUUUUACAUCUGUAUAUUUGGUUUACAGCAACACUGCAUACAUUUCUCCUCUUCAUUAGUUUGUAAUGUCUCGCAUUAAAUGCUAAAAGACAAGAUUUUGAUGCAUUCAAAAAUGCUACUUGCUAUGCUGAUGGUUUGUGAUGUCUUGGGACCAGCACAGCUGAGAUUUGCACUUCUGUUGUUGUUCCAUCAAAGGCUUUUUAGUGAGAAAGGGAGCCCUGUUUCAGGCUCUUUUCCUUCACUAGUGUUUGUGCUGUUUCUAGGACAGGCAGAACAAAGCUGAGGGAGAGGUGGCCAGGAAAGCAAAUGUCCAUUUCUUUUUCUAGGACUUCAAACCUGCCCCUGCUGAAAUGAGAGCAAAACUCAAAGUGUUCUCCAUGCUGCAGACAAAAGCCCAAGGUCUUUCCACAGCUGCCCAUAUCAAAGAGGCAGCAGGAGGGAAGUUCAGCAGUCUGGUUUGUGCCAGCCAUGAGAUUUGUGACAGCUUUGUAGAGCUGAGCUGUGGAGGUUCAGGGUGGGAUCUGAGCUGCUUUUGGGUAGUAGCAGAACCCACAGGCUGUGCCUGCACUUAAAAUACUUCCAUGUGUCAUGCAAACACCCCUGACACAUCCCCUCAAUUAGAUCCUCAACUGAAUGAAAUGCCAGUAUGAAAUAAUAACUCCAUCAUUCUUUGUCCAGGAUCCUUUAACCACUGACAAAAACUCUGUCCCCACUAGGAUGAGCAGGAUCAGGCAGGAUCAGUAGCAGAACCUCAGGCAUCAGAAUCAGGCUCUUCUCAAGUAUUUCACUCUUAUUGUUAAGAACACCAGACCAAAAAAUCUGAUUAGUUCCCUUCCACAGGAACUGGAAAACUUUUGUGCCCACAACUGCAGCCCAAAGUGUUCUGUAGAGUGUGCUGGUUCCCCAUACUCCUUACAAUGCUGGCUGGACUGUACUGAUUUUUUUAAGCCUUUGGGUCAUCAGGAGCAUCUGAAAGCCACCCUGGUGUGUCUAAAAUCCAGUUAGCCAGUAGUGGAGCUACCCCAGGGUCCAAGGAAGCCAUGUUCCAGUGGGAGUGUUAAUAGCCAUGUGCAUGUUCUGUGUGGCCAGUGCUGAGGGGGAAAAGGAUGAAGGUUAGUGGUGGCAAAUCCCUGAGUGAGAAACACACAGGAAUGGCAUAGCAAAGCAGCUUGAAGUUGUGAGACAGAGAGACAGAGCAGGGACUUGCAGAGAGCAGCUGAAAGAGAAGAGUCAAGACAGGGAGAUGAGGCUUCAGCCACUCUGCCAUGUCAGAUGGUGGCAUUGCAGAUCUUGUAGAAGAUGCAGGGUUUUGGAGAUGUUGCUAAUUUGACAUGAGAAAUACCAGCAAAUCCCUUACUGAAAGCUGGUGAACAAAUUGCAAAUGUUGAUUAUACCUUUUAGAUGCUACCAGCCUUAACCUGUGGUGGAUGACAUUUUAGGGACAAGAGUGAAUGACAGCAUUUGUCCCUUGUCCUGCUCUCCUUUCAGCCAGGACAGUGCUUGCUCAGCAGCUCUGGGACUCUGGCAGUGGGGGCUUAGGGGCAGUGCAGAGUCCUGGAAGGGUGAGAGCAUUCCUUCUCCCUGGAUACCUGCAGGGUGUUAUGCUAGGGCUGGAUAUCCUCAGUUCUCAUGGCAUGGAAGAAGGAUGCUGGUGUGCACCUGGAGGCAUCAAGCCUGGGAUGGAGCCCCUCUGAAUCCCACCUCCUUGGAGCAGUGAGAGAGGAAGGGGAGAGACACAAAACACCACCAAUAGAGAGAGAUUUCAUCCCUGCAGUGUCUCAGUCCUACAAAAUACAAACUGUAUUACCAGGCUGGGGCAGCAGAACUUUUCAGCACCCAGCCCUGGAAGGCUUAAAAUCCAGCAGAAGUGCUAAUGACCAGUCCUAGGGAUCUCCUUGUCAUGGUGUGCCUACAACAACAAGACCUGCGGGAUUUCUUUUGUAUUCCUUCUUACUUUUGUCAGGAUUUUUUUGUUCAAUUUUUUUCAGCUUACCUUGCACUCAAAGCUGGAGUAGGAGCACAGUCCUUGCACUUCCAUUGUGUGACCAGGUGCAGUUGGGGCCCAGAACUCAGGGCUGAAGCCCUGUCAAGGCAGUGCCCUGCACAGCCAGGCUUCCACAGGCAUUUGGCCAUUGGCUCCAUUGAGUCAAAUUUAAAAACCAAUGGGAACUUAGAAAGAAAACUUAGUUUUGUCAUACAACCUUGGAGAGCAUUUGCAAUAAGAAUUUUAGUAUUUUGAGAAUUUUGAGGUGGGUUUGCAGGUAGCAAAGGAGUAGAAAGGAGUAGUUCUGUAAUAGCUUUCCAGACUGAUUCAUUUUCUUUAUCUUCCCUUCAGUUACCAUCCAAAUUCUUAUGCUCAAAUCUGGUUGCUUGUUUUAAAUAGACAGAUGAGCAAACUUAGCUCUUUUUAAGAAUCAGAAAUCGUUUCCAAUCUGAUCCUGAAUUAUGCAAGCAUGCCUUUUAUUUUUAAAUCUUUGUUGAGGAGUCUGAUGAACACUAAUUAGUUGACAGACUUUCAUGAGUCAGGUGUUUGCUAUUCAUUUCCUACAGUGUCUCAAGGUUCACUUGAGUCUUGUAGCAUUUUUUUCCCACUGUUGGAUGUGAGGCUUUUUUUAAACAAAUGAAUAAUGAAGGGGAAAAAAAUAACAAACUCUUAGAUGUGCACUCUUGACCUGGAUUAUCUAAAAAGAGGUUUUUCACAAGAAUGGCCAUGACUCAGAUGUUGUUUCUGAACAAAAACCUGCUUGUGAAGCUGGGAAAGGUGUGAAGAUAAUCAAACCAAGCAGGUAGUGCAGAUCAAAGUGAGUGUUAGGGAGCUGCAGAAUUCAAUAUCACAGUGUUCACCUGGCCCUGCUGAUUAGGGACUCCUGGUUCCUGCCAGCUCAGAGACAAAACAGCUCUCCACAAACACAGCUUGGUACCACCUCAAUUUGCAGCCAUCCCAGAAACUACAGCUGAGAGUGCCAUCAGCAGCAGGAAUCAAACUUGGCUGACCCAGCAAAGCACCAGAUUUGAAGAUGAUGAUUCUUAAGGUGAUUCACCCCAACCUCAGGAUCCAGCUUGAAUGCUCUGCUCACAUUUCAAAUCCAGCUGAUCUCUUUCAGUGGCUGUGCCUCAACUGGAAAACCAGCAGGAAAUGACCCUGCAUCAGUGGGAAAUCCACAGGCAGGGUGAGGGAGACAGAAGCUGUGAGCUCUGCAGGACAGGCUGUGAAGUCCCACGGUGUGUGAAUCUUCAGCAGGGGUGCAGUGGCACCACACUGCUGCACCUUCUUCCUUGGGAACAUCAUGUGUUGGUCAGAGCUUCUUCAGUGGCCUGGGGAUUGCACACACAAAGGUCUGGCCCAUGGUUCAGAGACAAUGUUGUCCCUCUGAAGGUCAGAGGGAACAGCUGGAUGAGGCAAGCUGGAAUCCCCCCAGCCUGCAUGGACAGCAUCACCCAGGUCUGUGCACCCCAGCCUCAGCCAGGAGCUCCCUGCACAGGCUUUUGUGGAAGAGCAAUAAAUGCACAAGCCCAGAGCCCAGCUGCUGCUCCUCACCACCAUCCAUGCAGCAGGAACUGGCUGCAUUGUGAACAAGAUGUUGGUGUUUUCACCCCUGCUCCACAAUUAGUUGUGACCAUUGUUUUGUUCAGUUAAUAUUUGUCAUUUUCACUGGAGUUACUCACUGCAGAGAUCAUUCAUCAGGCAUUUCCCAAACAAUCUUGGAAAGACUGGAUUUUUCUUUGGAGGAACAUCCUUUCUGUCUCUUGGCAUGGGGACCAUCUUCCAUCAUGUGGAAGGCUGCAGGAGCUCUGGAAAUCCACACUUCAAAGCUCUCCUGCCCAAGGAUGGUCCCAGUCUGUCUCAGGCUGCAGGGAGGCUCAUUUGGCAGUGCAUUUUGGAAGAAUCACUCUGUUCAGUGGCUCCAUGAAAAUCAGGAAGUUCAAGAGCUAUCUCAAGCCUUUCACAAAUAUGACCUUUAAGCUAAAGUAAUACUAAAGAUUUAGAGUAAGGAGAAUAAUUACUAAGGAGAAUAAUUACUAACAACCUCAUGCUAAAUUUAAGAGAAAGUCUGCAUCAAUUUAAAACAUCUCUUCUGUGUGUUGGGCAGGACACAAUUCCUUUUAUACCAAAUAAUAUCGGAGUGCUGGCUGGCAAUAAUUGUCUUUCUUUAAAUGCAAAACCCAAAAAGAUAAAGAAAUUGGUCCCGAGAAUUUUUCAAUUAUUUCCUUUGGGGAAAAUAAAAAAUUUCAUCAAAGAAGGUGAAAGCCAACAAUAUGCUACAGUACUAUGGGCUGACCUCCCCCAAAUGUCUCUGUGAUAAUACAAAUACAAUCUGCUGCAGUUGGAUCAGCUAAGCUGGUGUACUGACAAAUGGGCUUUAUGAAAGAAGCAAUUUUAAACAGAUUGCUGCCUAUUCAUUAACAUGAAUAUUACUGCUGGCACGUAUGUAUUCUCCUUGCUUUAUGUACUGGAGCCAGGAGUGAUGGUUUGUAUUCCUCUCCUGACUGUGUUUUUCUUCACUGCCCUGGGCAAACCUCUGUGCAAUUUUGUUUUCCCAUUCCCAAACACGGGGGGAUGCUCUCUGUCUGUCAAUGGAAAGCACUUUGGAGUCUGUGCAUAAACCAGAUCAGUAUCAAGUCUUUGUACUAUUAUUUAAAUGAAAUAGGCUUAGUAUAGCUGCUCUUUAUUUACAUGACUAGAGAGACACUCUCCUAAAUUAGGACUCUUUUAUUACUGGUUUGUCUUAGCUCCUUAGAGAUGCUGAAACAGAACAAACUGCACUUCUGUAAGACAUCUCCAGCAGACAAAGAGGUGACAGUGCAAAUGUUUUAAGUAUUCAUUUCUUGCUGAAGAGCUGGCCAGUAAGCGUGGCAUUCACAUGGAAACACUUCCUCUGUUUUUAGAGUGGAGAUAAAUAGUUAUGAGGAAGGGAGCAAAACAACAUCCCUUGGUUCAACUUUUUUUGGCCGAGCCUGCAGAGGAUUCCCUGGGCACCCACGGGGUGAGGUGCUGUGUGAAGUCCCAGACGUGGGUCUGGAAGCAAAAGAGGCAAAAAGAGCAGAAGUGCCUGGGGUCAGUGGGCUCCAGAGGGCAACUCCAGGUUUUCUGGAGUGGUCCUGCAGAGAAGAUUCACUCCCAGAGAAGAAACAUCUCAGGUAGUGGCUGGAUGGCAAAUGUGUUUUCCUUUCUCAUCACCCCACACGCGGCUGUUAGAUAUGUUAAUUAGCAAGCUCAAACGAGUUGUUUCAUGUGUAUUGAAUGCGGUCUCCCUUAAUUGCAUUUCUUUUAAACACUGGACACUCUUCUAAAAGACUGAACAUUUUAGCCAUUUGAAGCUGAAAACUGUAAAAACUUUAUUUUGUGUUUCUGAGCAAUGUAGAUAGACCUAAAGAUUUCAUGAACUAUCAUGUGGUUGCCCAUAUCUGACUAAUAAUUAAAUUGUAAAAUUGCAGUUUCAUAUUAGGGUUAGUCUUUUCACCUGCUUUAAAAAUUAAAAAUCAUAUUUGGUAUAUAAACACACACAGAAUAUCCUUCUGAUUGAAUUUCAAGAGCAUAUCCAGGAGUAAAUGUUUUUAAGCACUUCUAAUACUGUAGUCUAUAAGAGGAGCAGACACUUCUAAAGCAAUGUUAAAAGUUGUCUUUCAUAACUGAGUCAACAGAUCAUUUUUGUAAUAAAUUAAAGCAAGUGUUCUCAAUUAGAAGAGCUAGUGGCUGUUGAUAUUGUACAAAAAAAAAAGUCAUUCUAAUAUCCAAAGGGUUAGGGGUGGGGAGGGUCUGUUUGGUUUUGUUUCUCUUUCCAGGGAGAUCUUUAACAUUGUUUGAUGAAGCUAGUUUCAUUUUGAGAUUGUUACUGAAGAUAAAGGCUUCUGUGUUCUAUGGCUGCUUGGAUUCUUCGUACAUAAUGUCCUAGUAAUGUCACAGUGCUGCUGUAUUUAGAUCAAACCACUGUUUUGAUUGGGUUUUUUGGCUUUUUUUUUAAUAAAUUCCUUAAUUUAAAUACAUGGAAA